AUGGCGUCGUCUUCGUCAAACGUUGUUGGCGUGCACUACCGGGUGGGGAAGAAGAUAGGAGAGGGUUCGUUUGGUGUUAUCUUCGAGGGAACGAACCUACUCAACAAUCAGCAGGUCGCCAUCAAGUUUGAACCGAGAAAGAGCGAUGCUCCUCAACUGCGUGAUGAAUACCGGACCUACAAGAUCUUGGUCGGGUGCCCCGGCAUUCCCAAUGUUUACUAUUUCGGCCAGGAGGGACUUCACAAUAUCUUGGUCAUCGAUUUGCUUGGCCCUUCUCUAGAGGAUCUUUUUGACCAUUGCAAUCGGAGGUUCACCCUCAAGACUGUCGUCAUGGUUGCCAAGCAGAUGCUUUCUCGGGUGCAGACCAUCCACGAGAAGAACCUCAUCUACCGGGAUAUCAAGCCCGACAACUUCCUGAUUGGUAGACCCGGCACAAAGACGGCCAAUGUCAUUCACGUUGUCGACUUCGGCAUGGCGAAGCAGUAUCGGGACCCCAAAACCAAGCAGCACAUCCCGUAUCGGGAGCGCAAAUCGCUUUCAGGAACUGCUCGCUACAUGAGCAUCAACACGCAUCUUGGCAGAGAGCAGUCGAGGCGAGAUGAUCUCGAGGCCCUCGGGCAUGUUUUCAUGUACUUCCUGCGCGGUGGCUUGCCCUGGCAGGGUCUCAAAGCUGCAACUAACAAGCAGAAGUACGAGAAGAUCGGCGAGAAGAAGCAGACCACCGCAAUCAAGGAGCUCUGCGAAGGAUUCCCAGACCAGUUCGUCCAGUAUCUGACCUACGUCCGCAAUCUGGGCUUUGAGGACAACCCAGACUACGACUAUCUGCGUGAGCUCUUUACUCAAGCGCUGAAGGAUGCCGGUGGUGUGGAAGAUGGCGAGUACGACUGGAUGAAGGUUGGCAAGCCUGACAAGAAGGGGGAUUGGGAGCGGCCGGGUGCUCUCCACAACCCAAACGCGAGACCCGGGGUUUCGGCCAUGGAAAUUCACGCCAAUUCCCGGGGUGGCACCACACACCACCAAACAAGCAACACUCGGCUCAAUCCAGGGCUCACUGUAGACCGUUUAAACGCCGCGCAACCCCCGACGCCACCGAACAGGCAGCCCAACAAGCCCGCCCGGCAAAGCGUCCUCGCGUCGGCGCCGACGCCGAGGACCCCGGGGGCUCCCAUCUCUUCACCACAACAAUACCCGCCACAACUCAGCCCGCAGAACAACAUGGGCCACCUCAACCAUCAAGCCACCAUGGCUCAGUCACCGAACCCUAACCCUCAGCCUCAGCCGCCUACGGGGUUCCAGAAGUUCAUGAAGACGCUUUGCUGCGGCUAG